AGACGGGCAGAGAGAGAGGGAUAGAGACAGCCUGCGCGAAAGAGGAGAGACUCCCCCAGCCCGUCUGCAGCGCCAGCACUCACCAUGAGCUUCCUCCUCUUUGCCAUCUCGGCCCUGCACGUCCUCAUCCUCGUGCUGCUCUUCGUCGCCACUCUGGACAAGUCGUGGUGGGUACUGCCGGAUGAUGAGACUGUCAAUCUGUGGUAUGACUGUCUGUACGACAACAACACCCAGAGCUGGGUGUGCGCCUCUGUUGCUGACAGCCAGUGGCUCCAUGCCGUCCAAGCCCUCAUGGUCCUGGCUAUGCUCUUCUCCAGCUUUGCCUUCGUCCUCUUCAUGUACCAGCUCUACACCAUGGAGCGCGGGGGGCUCUUCUAUGCCACCGGCGUCUGCCAGCUCUUGGCCUGUAUCUCGGUGUUCACAGCCGCCUUGAUCUACGCCAUCCACGUGGGCAAAUUUCACCUGGACCGGCAGCCGGGCGGCUCCUUCGGCUACUGCUUCGUGCUGGCCUGGCUGGCCUUCCCCCUGGCGCUGCUCAGUGGCAUCAUGUACAUCCACCUCCGCAAGAGGGAGUGACCCCCACCCCCGUCACAGGGGGGCUGCUCCUGACCAUGGCCCAUGCCAGUGGAGGGGGAGUCACCCCCAGGGGCUGAUCCCUUCCCCCUGCCCCAUGGCGGCCUGGCCGUCACACGCUGCUGGGGCCCUGGAGCCUGUCCUGGCCACACCCAGUUCUCUUCACCUUGCCCAUGCCAGGGCCCCCAGGGUCAGGUCGCCCUCUGCAUGGGCACCUGCUCUCCUCCUGCCCAUGGCCAGGGCUCCCUCCUGCCUCCAUGAUAAGGCCCCAUGGCCACCCCUGCUCCCCUCUCCGCAACCCGUUGUGGGUGGGACAACCCUGGUCAUGGAGGGGAUCCCCCCCCCGCCUGGGGUGACACUGUCCAAUCAUAUCAUUGAACAUGCUGGGGAUGGGGUCCCCCUGGCCGUGCCUUACAAAUAUGGGUGCCACGCAUACAAAUCUGGGGGGUCACACCCCUUGCCCAUGCCUGGCAGAGAUGCCCUGGUGUCAGAUCCCCCAUGGGCAUACACCCUGGUCUCAGAUCGAGCCAGCGCCGGCUUCCCGCGGCUGCAACUCCUGGCUCACUGCCUCAUUCUGCUCCCACUCGGGCAUCUGGAUGGGUGGAGCUGGGCACCAGGGCACUGGUGCCCAGCUGAGGGCCCCCCCGCUCCCAUCAGGGCAUCUGCUCUCACCAUCCUGGUCCAGAACGUGGCUUACAAAUGUGGGGUCCACCCCUUCGUGACAGGGGUGGCACCCUCCCCUCCGCAGAAAGGAGGUAGGCACCAGGGGGGUGGUCCUAGGGGAGGGACACCCCUUCUUUCCCAAGGUGGGGAUUUCCGGGCUCCCAUGGAGCCUUCCUCUGGCAGCAUCUCAGUACACGGCUUCUGUCCAGCCACGUGCCAGCCGCAGCCCCGCGCCUGGGCUCCGUCAUUUAUACCUU